GCAGUUUCUUUGACUUCUGCCACAGACAGCAGGAGAAAGUUGGACUGUUAUCGGUACCAUGUGGACUGAGUGUGUAACGGGUUGAUUCUGGGAGGAAUCAGCCUUUUUAGAGAAUUUCGAUCCCGUGCACGGCUCCGUAAACUACCUGUUUCACCUGGAAAGUUUAGAGACGCAAGCAGGCUGGGAGCGGUGCAUGCUGGGAGGAUUCGAGGCAGGAUAGCAGGAGAAGAGAAGAGGCAGCCGGCUGACUCCACCUUCGCGCCCCGCCGUCCCACCCAGUCCGGCUGGCCGAACCCGACCACCUGUGGACAGCGUUGUUUUGACCCGAGCCAUGGACUCUCUUGGCCGGCGUCUCACGGUGAGACCCACUGGUGGUCCGGUCAGACGAAGCUAGCCUAGGGGCUAACGCUGAAGCUAGCUCCGGGUGUAGCCCAGAUCGCUCGCUGACCUCCACGGAGUCAUGGAGCCGGAUGUUAUCCGCAUUUACUCCUCCUCGCCACCGCCAAUGGAGGACGGCGCAGAGGAGGAGGAUGAAGAGUUUGGAGACUUUGGGACCUUCUCCAGUGUUCCAAACAGCAUCAGCCUCUCUGAGUUUGACACCCCGACGACGUUCGACCAGACACACGCGCUCACCGCCACCUCGCCUCCUGAGCUCCUCAGCAGCAGGGGGGUAGUGGGCUUCAGCCACGGACCUGCUAACGGAACCUGCAGACCUGGUACUGAGCUACCCAAGGCUAACGGUGUGGGACCCAUAAACUACCAAGACAAUUGUCCCUCAGACAGAACUGAGACUAAGAAACCUGCCUCCUGCUCGCUGGACUUAUCUGUGAGCAACAUGGAGGACAGUGAGUCCACUGAGUGUAACGGUGGAGACACUGGGGUGCUGACUAAUGGGUUUGUGACCUUUGAUGUUCAGGAAAGCCUGUCCUCACAGAUUUCUGUCCACUCUCUGAUAAAAGGACAGUUCACUGAGGACACAAGAAGCGUCCACACCGGCAGCUCGGAGGACGAGUUUGCAGAUUUUGCUGCUUUUUCCACCUCUGAAGGACAUUUGAGCCAGGUGGUGGAUGAGAACAGGGACAAUCUCACAGCAGGUGGCUGGCUGCCAAAAGCUGCCGUCCACAAUCAGGACAGUAUCACAGAGCAGGGAUCAGAGGACAGGGACACUAGGGAGACAUCAGACGGGUGGAUUGCUGACUCACUACAAAGGGACCUGAGACCGGAACGCUCAGAGACUGAUUGCACUAAUGACUGUCUCGCCUUUAGUAUGGUGGACGGAUCUAACGAGGCAGCUGGGGGCGCUGUUGAUGACCUUUCACCUGACCUGACAGCUGACAGUGAGGUGGGACAGUCAGAUGAGAAAAGCUCGGAGACGGAGACAUCAUUUGGUCGGCCUCUGUCCACCGAAGCCCUGGAGGAAUACGGUGACAUGAGCACCACGGGAUCGGUGCCGUCUCCGCCUCUCCAGGGGGACACAGCCACUCCUGCAGAGGAUGAUGAGGACUUUGGAGACUUUGGUGAUGCUGCCGUCUUUGGAGGACAGGGCUUUGGGGAGGUGCAGCAGGAUCAGGGGCAGGACCCUGCUGCUGGACUAGAUGUCAGCACAGAGCAGGACGACGACUUCGGAGACUUUAACUCUCCCAAAAUCCACAGCAUUGGGAAUGAGGGUGAGGCGGGGGGUGAAGAGGCAGAAUUCCCAGACUUUCCUGCCAGCUCCAGUUUUGGGAAUUUCAGUUCGGCUGUAGGAGCAGAGGAGGAUUCUGGGUGGAGGGCCUUUGGGGAGCAGCAGGAGCCAGAGGAGGAGUCCUGGGCAUCAUUCAGCACUGAGUCCAGCCCUGCUCCCCCUCCUGAGAGGAAAGGGGGAGAGGGGCACGAAGAAGGAUCUCCUGCAGCUAGCGGACCAGGCCGGACCGACACACAGCUGGCAUUGCUUUCCAGCCGUCUGGAGAAGCUGUUUCACACCAGCUUCCCUCCAAACUCCGUCCAGAACCAGCAGGAGGAGAAGCAGGUGGUGUCCCUGAAGAUCCUGCUGGAGCCGUCAGAGGUCGGAUCGAAACUUGAACCGGAGGAGGAGCGGUCACGAUGCAGCCGGAGGGUGCGUGAUGGAGUGUGGUCUCAGCUUCAGGACGUCCAGGAGGCGGUGGGUCUCAGAUACCAGUGGGGGGGCUCCCACUGUAACAAAGUCCUGCUCUGCUGCCUCGGCAUCGACACCAGGAACAUCCUGUUCACGGGUCAGAAGAAGCAGCCGGUCAUCGUCCCGAUGUACGCCGCUGGUCUGGGGAUGCUGGAACCCACCAAAGAACCUGUAAAGCCUGUCUCUGCUGCUGAGAUGAUCGCCUCGAUCGCUCAGACACCUCCUGCUGCGUCAGAGACCAGCUCCUGCCAAGCAGACUCCAUCCAGGAUGUUCUCCCCCCGGUCCAGUUUGACUGGAGCAGCAGCGGCCUUACCAACCCUCUGGACGCCAGCGGAGGCUCGGCCGUGUUGAACCUUGACUUCUUUGGUCCUGUGGAGGAUUCAGGCUCCAGCAGCUCUGCCUCCAUUCCAGGCGUGGACCCUGAGCUGUUUGAGCUGACCACGGCCAAACUGGACCCUGGCGGCGCUGGCAGCCGGGUGGCCGACGCCUUUGCCCGCCUCAUGUCCACCAUGGAGAAGACCAGCACGUCCACUAGGAAGCCGAGGAAAGACGAGAAUCUGAGUGAUGAGGCGUCUAAAGUAAUCGCGGUCCUGCCCGACCUCUCCUUUAUGCAGGCCAAGGUUCUGAUGUUUCCCGCCACUCUGACUCCCCUCCGCUCACAGGCCAUGGCUGAAUGAAGUCCCGCCCAUCACCGGCUCAUAGCCCCACCCACUUUACCCUUUAGUUCUCUAAUCAGAUGUUUAUUUCUAUAAUUGAGUUGUUGAUUUUCUUCAUUUAGGUUUUCAGAAUAAAGCUAAGCAUUUAUGGGGGGGCAGUCAUGUCAGGGAUUCAACGUUUUAACUGAUUCUGAUGCUUUUAUUUUGGCGGGAGUGUGAAGGAAACCUGCUGAAGCUCUUUAAAUCAAACUGAAGUGUGUAAAUCUAUAAAUAACCUGUAUGAAUUCAUAUGUUUAUAUAGAGAAUCUUUAUAAAUCUAUUUAUGGACUUGAAACCACACUGCCUGCUGAACCCAGCUGAAUGUUUGUCCUGGUUUUUUACCCCCACCCUCCCCCACAGAGCCUAGAGGGACAUUCAGUCAUUUCCAUCUGGUAUUCUGACUAAAGGAUGUUCUUCUAGGAACCUGAAUCCUCAGCAGAAAUCAUGUUUGUACAAAAGCUGAUGCUCAGGUUUCUGGAAUAAACCAGCUGGAUGUGCGUGAAAUGUCCCUUUAGUCCUCGGCUCUUCGUCCAUCCACACGUCUGUUUUUUUCCGUCUCCCUCUUGUUUUUGUUGUUUUGGGGUAAAAACGAGACGUUCCGGUAAAACCACUCCAACUCUGAGCGGAGCGCUCACAUCAGAGGGAAAGUAAGGGACCAAUCAGUGGUUUUGUUGUUUUUGCUCGUACGGCUGUCGCUGGAGGAUUUUGCACAUUGUAAAGAUGAAAUGGAUGUAAUUUUAGUUCACUGUGGCUUUAGACUGUACAGGUUAACGGUGGACUGUCCGUGUUCGGGGGAGUUCCUAUGGAAACAAGCGGAAUCACUGGAAAAGCCCAUCAGGAGCUUCCGUGCAUGCCCAGGUUCUUCUCAGACCACCCGUGUGUAAAUUUUAGUGUUCAAAGAUUAAAAUGCUUUAAGUGAGA